CACAGCCGCCCCUUCUGUAUGUGCGGCUGGGUCCGAUUGAGCCUUCACCACAGCCGCCCCUUCUAAAAGUCGAGCCUCGUUCUCCCCUCUUUAUUCGCUUCUCUCUCUCUCUCUCUCUCUCAAUUGCAGCAGAAAGGGGCGACGGCGACAAGACAACCGGCCAAUCGAUGGAGCCUCACGACGACUCCCCUACCGAAAAGCACAAUCGCCUCGACUUCGGAAAGCUUCAAUUCGGAUGCGAGCAUUAUCUUAGGCGGUGCAGUCUUCGAGCGCCUUGUUGCAGUCAGAUGUUCUGGUGUCGUCAUUGCCACAACGAAGCAAUGAGCGCCAUGACCAAUCCCAAGGACAGGCACGAACUCGUUAGGCAAGAUGUUUCGCAAGUUAUUUGUGCAGUCUGCGAUGCGGAACAGCAGGUUGCUCAUGUUUGCACAAAUUGUGGUGUCAAGAUGGGGGAAUACUUCUGUGAAAUUUGCAAAUUCUACGAUGACGAUACAUCGAAAAAACAGUUUCAUUGUGAUGAUUGUGGGAUUUGUAGAGUAGGCGGUCGGGAGAAUUUCUUUCACUGCAGAAAGUGUGCAUCUUGCUAUUCGGUGGAUCUUCGUGAUAAUCACUUAUGUGUUGAGAACUCUAUGAAGAAUCAUUGUCCCAUCUGUUAUGAGUAUAUGUUUGAUUCAAUCGAAAGCACGACAAUUAUGAAAUGUGGACACACGAUGCAUUGGAAUUGCUUCUGGGAGAUGUCUGGCUCGAACCAGUACCGCUGUCCCAUCUGUUCUAAGACAGUCCUUGACAUGAAAGGAACAUGGAGAAGAUUAGAUGAGGAGAUUGAAGCUACACCCAUGCCUGAGGAGUACCGUUAUGAGGUCCCCAUCCUUUGUAACGAUUGCAACCAUACCGGUAAAGCAUUGUUUCACAUAUUUGGGCACAAAUGCAGUAUCUGCGAAUCAUAUAACACAAGGGUCGUUUGACGCACAGACCGUCAUCAUCGGCAGCCAGAGCAAGCUGAUCAGAGUACCUGAUCUGUGAAUUUAGUUUGCCAGAGUAGUUGUUUGGUUAGUUUUCCACCCAGUUAUUGUCAUAUUGUGGGCAUAUACUCCAAAAAGGGGAAAUCUCUUCUCUAUAUACUGGUUUUAUAUUCUUUUCACACACUGAUAAGAGACUAUAGUACUGAAUGUCAUGCCAAUUGAUUUC